AUGGCGGAGGAGUUAGAAAUAAUGUGGCGUAAGCUAACGGUUACUGAGGAGGAGGAAGAAAGUGUAACACUGGGUAGGGAGUGUACGAGAGCAACAAAAGAUAGGGGGAAAAACUGUCUAGUCAUGAAGGUGCUCUCUCGGAGAGGGGUUAUGCUAGAUGCUCUAAGGAAAAAUAUUAGAAUGUUAUGGAAACCUAAUAAGAGCAUCCAGAUCUCGGCAAUAGAAGAGGAAGUUUAUUUAGUGGAGUUUGAUGAUGAAAGAGACAAGAAGAGAGUUCUUGAGAUGUGCCCUUGGCACUACGAGAAACAACUGGUGCUGCUACAGCAGUUUGAAGGGGAUAAAGAGCCAAAGGAUAUUGUGUUCAAGUGGUGCCCGUUCUGGGUUCUAAUUUACAAUCUCCCUCUCAAACACAGGACAAGAGAAACAGGGUUGGCGAUAGGGGCUAGUCUGGGAGAGGUGUUGGAGGUGGAUGUUGCUGAUUCGGGGGUGCAAUGGGGGAAAUGUCUCCGUGUUCGAGUGAAGAUAGACGUGACAAAAAAAUUGAUACGUGGAAGAAAAAUAAAGGUUGAGGAAGGGGUGGACAGGUGGGUGCUCUUCAAAUACGAGCGCCUACCGAAUUCUUGUUAUCAAUGUGGUCUUUUGGAGCAUGAUCUGAAGGAGUGUCCACAGAACAGGGGAGUAGAAAAUGAAGGCAAAACAGAGGAGCUCCAAUACGGGGCAUGGAUGAGGGGAGAUCCGGGGAAGAAGUCGGGCUGGGAUCCUCACUUCUUUAAGAAGAACAAAGGCGGAGACAUCCGGGGAAAAAGAAUUGGCAACGGGGACAGGAGUCUGGUGGUCCAAACGCCGAGGAGUAAAGCGGGAGAGUCAGAAAAGGAAGAGUCUGUGGUGCAAAUCCUCGGGGAGAGUUCUGAGGAGAUGUCGACAAAAAAGUCAGAGAGAGGGGAGCGAAACAAGGUGGAGUUUCACCAGAAUGGAAUGCUCAGUAAAACUGGAGAAGCACCAAAAGACACUCCAUCCAUUUUGGUGAAAGUUGGUGAGAUGAGUGGUCAGGCUACCAACGUAAAAGAAGGGGAUGGGCACGAGGAAGAAGUAGCGGGAAAUAAGGAGAACCCACCUUUUAAUUUUGAGUUUGGGCCACAGACUGGGGAAGUGGGGCCGAACGUGGGCUUGGAAAGAAAUAAGAAUGAGGGCCCAAUAGCUAUGAAUUAUGAGAUGAAUGUGGGCUGGAUUGCAGAAUCACUAAGCCCAACCAGCGGUCACUGGAAACGGAGGGCUAGAGCAGGCCAAACAAAAGGUAAGGAAAAGGUUGAAAGCCCAGCUGAUAAGAAAAGGGAGUGUGUGACUCCUUUAGGUGAGAUCGAUCAGAAUGUUCUGGUGAGGAAACGAAGAAAAGUGGAGAAACAGAGAGUUGGAGAAGCAGGAAAAGAAAAUGAAAAGGAUGGCGGUGAGGCGGUGGCUGCUGCGCAGCACCGCCGAGCCCAAUGA